AUGGCAGUGUCAGAGGACGACAAGGCCAAAGCCGUUGCGCUGAAGAACAAGGGCAACGAUGCCUUCAAGAAGCAUGACUGGAACACGGCCAUAGACUUCUACACCCAGGCGAUCGGGGUCGACGACACAGAGCCGACGUAUUAUGCGAAUCGAGCGCAGGCUUACCUCAAGACAGAGGCAUUUGGCUAUGCGAUCCAGGAUGCGACCAAGGCGAUUGAGCUGAAUCCUGGCUUUGUCAAGGCCUAUUACCGCCGUGCUCUCGCCCACGCCGCCGUGCUGCGGCCCAAGGAUGCCCUCAAGGACUUCAAGACUUGCACGCAGAUCGAUCCAGGAAACAAAGAUGCCAAGCUCAAGCUCGUCGAGUGCCAGAAGAUAGUGCGCCAGUUCGACUUCUUCGCUGCCAUCGAGGUAGCAGAUGCGCCGUCGGCUGCGGAAGGUCUCGAUGUCGCCUCGAUGGCUGUCGAGCCAGACUACGACGGCAUGAAACUGGGCGACGAGAUGACGCAGGAGUUUAUCGACGACAUGACGGAGCGGUUCAAAAACGGCAAGAAAAUACACCGGAAAUAUGUCUACCAGAUCAUAUUGGCCGUCAGGAAGCUUGUCUAUGACGAGCCGACAAUGGUUGAGGUCAAGAUCCCUGAAGAUGUGCAACUGACAGUUUGCGGUGAUACUCACGGCCAAUACUUCGAUCUCAUGGAGCUCUUCAGGUUGAACGGAUCUCCCAGCGAAAAGCACUGGUAUCUCUUCAACGGCGACUUUGUCGAUCGAGGUUCCUGGUCGACCGAAAUUGCACUAUUGCUCUACGCCAACAAGUGGCUCCGGCCAAAUGCCUUCUUCCUGAACCGUGGCAACCACGAGACAGACGACAUGAACAAGGUCUACGGUUUCGAGGGUGAAUGCAAGGCCAAGUACAACGAGCGCAUUUUCAAGCUCUUCUCGGAAAGCUUUUCGGCGCUGCCUCUGGCGACUCUGAUCGGCGACAAGUACUUUGUGCUUCACGGCGGUCUCUUCUCCGAUGACAACGUCACUUUGGAUGAUAUCCGAAAACUGAACCGCCACAAGCAGAAGCAGCCCGGACAGGCUGGUCUGAUGAUGGAGAUGCUGUGGACAGAUCCGCAAACUGAGCCUGGCCGUGGCCCCAGCAAGCGUGGUGUUGGCAUGCAGUUCGGACCUGAUGUCACAAAACGAUUCUGCGAGAAGAAUGGACUGGAAGCCAUCAUUAGAAGCCACGAAGUUCGCAUGGAGGGCUACGAAGAAGAGCAUGACGGGAAAUGCAUUACUGUCUUUUCGGCUCCAAAGUACUGCGACAUGACGGAGAACAAGGGCGCUUACAUUAAUAUUGGCCCCGACUAUAAGCUCGAUUUCAAGAAGUUCGAUGCUGUUCCGCACCCCAAUAUUCGACCAAUGGCCUAUGCCAACAGCUCCAUCAUGUCGUCUCUGAUCAAGGAGAAACUCAUGACUCUCCCCAAAGUCUUCUACGGUCAUGCCGUCCCACAAGCGCGCCGAGCCAGUCUCCGGCAGCUAGUACCACAAACCCCGUGGAGGUCCCAGAUCCUGACCACGCUAACUUUGACACCAUUUGGCGGACUCGGGGAUGAGAUGAGCAACCUUUACUCUUCAACAUCCUCCACAGGCCUUUCUCCUUACCAACACCUGCGAAACGACAAACUCUACUGCAGCAGCUUCGGUUCUCAUCUUCAAGGCACGAUGCCGCGAAACUACAUUCAGCCAAAUGCGAUGCGCCAGGCGCGCGCAUGCAUGGUCUGCUCAAUCGUGAUGCUGCGAAGCACUUUCAAGAGAGAAGGUUGUCCCAACUGCGAGGGGUUCCUCGGCCUCGCGGGCAGCGACGAACAAGUCGACAACUGCACCUCGUCCGUUUUCGAAGGCCUCAUCACGCUGGCUGAGCCAAGCAAGAGCUGGGUCGCGAAAUGGCAACGGCUGGACGGAUACGUCAAGGGUGUGUACGCCACUAAGGUCAUGGGCCAGCUGCCGGAGGAGAUGGUCACGCAGAUGGAAGAGCAAUACAAGGUCCGAUACAUACCACGCGAUGGAAGUGCAACCGAGGCGGACUAG